UCCGGGAGGUCACCAGGCAACCGAAGGACGCUUCUAGCGCAGGCUGAGUGUGAAAUCCCGAGAGAAGGUAAGAAGCCGAAAAAAAGAGAGGAAUAAGAUUAAAUGAGGGAUUAACACACCGUGUGCUGCCCACCUGACAUAUAAGUGUAGAUAUGGAGUAUCUGUAGAAAUACCACCUUGCUCACACACUUACAUUGUCUGGGAUUCCUUAUUAAUUAAACAUUAUAAGCUGAAAUACCUCAAAUAACAUUAUUGUUGCCAUGGAGAUUUUUUUUUUUUUAAUUAUUUAUUAUUUUGCCCUAAUAGUGGGAAUUCCCCUAGAACACCUUUUAAAAUUCACAAUUUGGUAAAAAAAAAAAAAAAUGGCAACAUUUAGGAAAGAAGAGAGGAGUUGGUGAACCUUUGCAAAUCAACGAUAGUCACAGCAAUGACUAGUUUAGAAUAUAGCGUAUUUGGAAAUUCAGAUUCCAGUUUAAUACUAAUUCCGUCAGGCUUAUUCACUAAAGUGUGAAUUGUUUGGAAUUACAUUUACAUUCAAAUUCAGAUAGCAUUAAUACUAAAAAUGCCCCAAUAUGCCAUAUAGAUCCAGCAACAAAAUUAGCAUUUUGAAAAACCUGAAAUCGAUAGGUCUCUAAUUUGCCCUGUAACUUAAAGCGGCACUGUCAUGCCAAACUUACCUUUCUUUAAUCGAUUCCUCUUCUCUCCCUCUGUCAGGAUCUGUUCUUCAUUUCUUCCUGUCUGCUCUAGUUUUCUUUAAAACAUAAGACAAAGUAGGGACUACUUGUCUAAUGUAGGUUUCCAUGCGCCUGACCGUUUCUGACCAGCGGAGGAGCAAAGUGUGCUUAAUUUCCGGUGGUCAGAGAAAUUCUCCCAUAAGUCUUACCUUUCCUCCGUGUUCCUGCAAUGCUUCUUUUCACUUUUUCCCGAAUGUCCUGUCCUGUAAUAUCGUGGGAAUUAGGGAGUUAGAAAAUUGGGCAGACUAGAUGGGCCGAAUGGUUCUUAUCUGCCGUCACAUUCUAUGUUUCUAUGAGUUAUCUACCAAGAGGCUGAAAGACUUAAAUUGGUCUUUCAGCCAAAUUUACUAAUACCAAGUAAAGAUUACUUAGUAUUAGUAAAUGCUGCCCCUACUCGCUAUACCACUGUAAAAGAAAAAAAAAAAGCCCCCUAGUGUCCCCCCUCCCGAGCCCCCACCCGUGCAGUGUGAGUGGGGGCUUUCAAACUGAAGGGGGGACCUAGAGCCCCCCCCCAGCCCCCAACCCUGAGCGGCGGAUGGGGGCCCUAACUGAGAAUGGGGGGAACCUAUUGUCCUCCCACCCCUGAGCAGCGGGUGGGGGCCAUAAACACAAUGAGGGGGGGACCUAUUGCCCUCCUUCCUGGGACCUAUUGCCCUCCUUCCCCUAAGCGGUGGGUGGGGGCCCUAUUUUUAGGGUGAGGGGGUAGGUAGGGGUUUAAUAACUUUUGUUUUGGGUGGGGGGUGACCAGGGGCUUGGGGACCUCUAGUCACCUUGGGGGAGGGGGGGUAGAAUUUCAUUUAGGGCCCCCACCCGCCGUUCAGGGGUGGGGGUCAGGGGGAGGACAAUAGGUGUCCCCCCUCAUUGAUAUUUAGGGCCUUCACCCGCCGGUCAGGGGUGGGGGCUGGAGGGGGGGGACAAUGGGUCCCCCUCCAUUGUUUUUAUGGCCCCCACGUGCCAUUCAGGGGUGGGGGUCGGGGGAGGACAAUAGGUUCCCCUCAUUGUUUUUAUGGCCCCCACCCGCAGCUCAGGGGUGGGGGCUGGGUGGGAGGAAAAAAGCCCCCCCCCCCUAAAUUAUUAUUUUAUUAUUUAUAUAGUGCCAUCAGAUUCUGUAGCAAUGGGUGGAUUAACAGGCAUGUCAUUGUAACCAGACAACUGGACGUACAGGAACAGAGAAGUGGAGGGCCCUGCUCAAUAAGCUUACAUUUUAGAGGGAGUGGGGUAUAGUGACACAACGGGUAAAAGUAGGGAUAUGAAGUAGACAGUUGCAGGAGAGGAGUCACGAGGAGUGGGGGAUAAAAACCUGCUAAUAGUUUAAUUGAUAUGCUUUCUUGAAGAAGUGAGUUUUCAAUGAUUUUUUGAAUGAGUGGAGACUGGGUGAAAUUCUUACGGAAAAGGGAAGGGAGUUCCACAGAAGAGGUGCAGCCCUGGAAAAGUCUUGGAGGCGAGCGUUAGAUGUGGGAGUACGGACAGAGGAUAUACAUAGGUCUUUGGCAGAGCGUAGGGGCCUUGACGGGACAUACUUGUGUAUUAGGGAGGAUAGGUAGGUUGGAGCAGCAUUAUGUAGGGACCUGUAAGCAAGCACCAGAAUUUUAAAUUGAGCCCUAUUUUACAACAGUGAGCAGCCACAGGCCACUGUUUAGUAGACAUACCCCUACUUGUGGCAUAGCGAGUAGGGGCAUUCGGGAGAUUUCAAUCUCCCUUAUUAUAAUGAGGGGGGUCAUAGUAACCCUCAUAGAGUGAGGGAGGACAUGGGGGUUUAGGAAGUGUCAGGGAACACUGCUCCCUGCCGCUUCUAUUUUUACAUUUUACAAGGAGGGAGCUGCGCGCCGGUAACUCCCUCCUUGUAAUAAACUGAACGAACAAACGAACACCGAUAUUCGGUGUUUGUUUGUUCGACUGACAUUUCUAUUCAUUCGUCUUUCUGAUGAAUGAAUGGAUGAAAUUCCUGUUCGCAUGCCCAAGUGUUUAAUUGGGCAUGCGCGGUAAUCUCACAGCGCUAUCUAGUGUGGGCAGAUGACAUGUCCCACAGGGCCUUCAUUUACCCACACAAAGAUGGCAGCGCCCAGGACCUAGGUCGGGGCAGAAAAUAAAGUUUAAAAACUAGGUAAUAUAGGGGGCUUAGGGGCAUUUAGGGGUGACUAGGGGUUCAAUUAGAUCUAGUGGAGUCGGGAGGGGGGGGGUUAAAAAAAAAAAUGGGAUUCGGCCAUGACAGUGCCACUUUAAAGCAGAAAUGUCACUUCCAGAAAAGUGACAUUUAUGUACAUUCUAUUUCAGUACUUACUAGGGUAAAUAUUGCAAAGGGAGUAGGUUAAAACCUGAUCUCUUCAGCACCCAAUUUGCAGCAAUUCACCAUCCAAUAUUGCCUUGGGUGUGUGCCAGUGCACAUGGUUUAAACAAACUGGUGAAAAAAAACAGCCCAUGAUAGUGUUCGAAAUAUGCUAUGUUAGGCAUUUCUGUCUGACUAAUUUUGCUAACAGUAUGCAUAUGUACAAAAAUUUGGACUGCGUGAAUGGUAAAAUGUCCCAUAAAUAAAGACUAAGCAACAAAAUUUCAAGUUUGAAAACUAAAAUGGGCAAAUCUGUAAUUUGGCAAUGUAGCUUCACCUUUAAAUGUUAUAACUACAAAUUGCCUGGUGUCAGAUCAAGGCUUUAUGGGUAUGUAGCGUGAAUGCAAACGUUCUUGCUGUCUAAUCCUUCAAUAAAACACGAGGUGCAAAACAGCCAAUUACAGCCCACCUCAGGGCAGGUCUUGCUUACACUUGGCUUGCCCAGUUAUGUCACUAAUUAUGUCAAGAGAUACUUUCCAUGCAUGUCCAUCAUUGCUGCAGACCAUUGGCAGAUGUUCAUUGGGACGUGCCUCUGACCAUUAUUAAUGGUGUCAUUAGGCAAGCCUCAUGUUUCCUACUAUGUUAAUUUUCAUUAGUAGGCAUCCAAACCACUGUCACAUGGCCAUUUUACUUUGCAUUUGUGCUCUUGUUAUCCAGUAACCUUGCUAGUAGUAUGGGAGUUAAAAGCUAUUGUUAAAACUGAAGCAUUUUCUUUAGAUCAAAAAUCUCCCCAGACACAUGGCCAUGUUUCUGAGGAAACAUGCAAAAUAGGAACAUUUAGAAGUAAACUAUUUUAUCCAUAUAAAUAAUGCAGAUGGAAAAUUGUAUGAUCACAUUGAAAAAAUAUUUGUCCAUCAUACUAUUGAGCUGAAAUUAUAUAUUCUGCACAGAUAUGGAUUCUGAAUAUUUGAAGAAAUGUAUAGGAAAGUGCCUGGCAGAAGGACUAGCAGAAGUGGCUGAAAGAAGGCCGAUGGAUCCCAUCCAAUAUCUAGCACAAUGGAUUUACAAAUAUAGAAGCAAUUUAGAUGAGUAUGAAAAGGUAAGGUUUAACUCUUCACAACAAGGACUCUUUGCACAAGAGUUUUUGUUUAGUCAUAAUUUCCUAUUAACCAAAUGACAGACAUGCACACAUUUUAAACACACGUCUUGUUGCUUUAUUAUACAAGUCAAUGGUUUGGUCUACCAUGAGGUCGUCUUGAGGACAGUGGAGACCAAAACCUUGUACAAUAAGAGCACACAAGUUUUUGUUUAAAGCGGCACUGUCAUGGCCGUCUCCCCCCUCCCAACUCUACUACCUCUAAUUGCCCCCCUUGUUAUGCCCAAAUGCCCCUAAGUCCCCCAUAUUAUCUUUUUUUUUAACUUUAUUUUGUGACCGGACCUAGGUCCUGGACGCUGCCAUCUUUGUGUGGGCAGAUAAAGGCCCUGUGGGACACGUCAUCUGCCCACACUAGAUAGCACUGUGAAAUUCCCACGCAUGCCUAGUUAAACACUUGGGCAUUCGCUAUUGUCCGAAAUUCGGGCGGGAAUUUAGUCUAUUCAAUCGUCAGAAAGAAGAAGGAAUUAAUAGAAAUGUCAGAAGAACAAAGAAGCACUAUAUGUCGGUGUUCAUUUGUUCAGUUUAUUGCAAGGAGGGAGCUACCACAAAUAUAGGAAAAGAUGCAAAACCAGUGAACCACUAAUGGACAGCUGUUGGAUUGUUAACGCAACUCAUCAGCAUGAGUAACCAACCUAACACCCAAGGGAAAAGUAAAAAAAGAAAUGUGCUACCCUGACUGGCAGAAGAGCUGCAGUCAUUCCAGCAUAUCAAUAUCCCCACUCCACAUGAAAAAAAUGGUCCUGUUUAUAUGUGAUACCUCAGUACUCCAGGAUGUGAUUGUGCUGAGACCUACAUUGACUUGUAGCACUUCUGACUCUUCCCUAUUUCCGCCGACGGCCAGAGGCGCAUGCGCAUUCAAUCCCGCCCAUAGGAAAGCAUUACUCAGUGCUUUCCUAUGGGGAUCUUAUUGGACUCUGUGAGAACAUCCAGCGUCAGAUAAGUUUGAUUUGUAAAUUGCGGAAGUGGCCACUAGUGGCUGUCAGGAAGACUAGAGGGACCUGGCACCCAGACCACUUCAUGGAGCUGAAGUGGUCUGGGUGCCUAUAGUGGUUCUUUAAAAGUAAUCCUUUGGCGGCAUCUUGUGUCUAAACUCUGCAUUACACUUGGAAUAUUCUAAUUUAGCCUCAACAUGCCCUUUUGAUUUCACUCAUUAAUAGAAAAAUGUGGUUUAUUCCUUAUGUAUGGGAUCGUCCACAUAUUUUGGUGGUAGUAGUGUCAUAUAGGCAUAAUCCUAUUCAUUAAACAUUUAGGGGCAGAAACAAAUCCAUGAGUCCAGUCUGGCACCUCACCAACUUGAAAUGUGACCAGUUGCCACUUAGUGCAAGUGAAGUCUCUAUUGCUCAGACCUGCCACAUUACUGUGCCUCUAUCAAGUGGCAAAAACUGGGCAAUGCCGUUUCACCUUGUUGCUCAUGCUGUCCUGUGAAGCAGCUCUGGUGCAUAUCAAAAUAGCUGACUCUUGUCCUUGUGCAUGACUGAAAAAAAUCACUUGAUAUCAUAAAUAAGCAUAUGCUCAAUAAUUCCCUCAUUUGUAUGAUUGGGCAUGUAAUUAUUGUUUGUGUAGCUUUAUCACUUCCAGAAUGAUGGCACCGGAAGAGGACCACAUCACAUAAAAGAUGGACUAAAAGGUCAGUAUUUAUUUGCAAAAAUGUCUUAUAUCACUAAUGUUUGUUUAUUUUGAAGAGGAAACUGGAAAGAGAGGAAUUGGAAAGAGAAAAAGAGGAGGCACGCAUGGAGAUAGAAAUGGCUGAAAAACUCAAACAAGAGGAGAUUCUUAUCCAGCAGAAAAUUGAAGAACAACAGAGGGUGAGAACCAAAAAGACCAUGUAUUGUAUUACUGGAGUGAAUUUGUUGUGCGAUUACAGCUUAGAAUGACCUCUGCUGAUGUGUUACCAUUGGUGGUUAAUGUAAAUGUUACAUUACUACAUUAUCUGCUAGAGUAGUGUUGGUUAAUUUUAACUAAUUGUUACAUGAUUUGCAUGAUUCUUCUAAAACAUAAGUUGCUGUUCUUCUUUGAAGCUUUAAGGGAACCACGUACCCAAGAAUGGGCACUAUUAAGAAGAGAGGUAAUUAGUUAUAGGGGGGUAGCCACUGAAUUUUGCUCCUCUGAGAUACAAACGUCUCAACUGAAUCCUAACAUGUAUAAAACUGUUAUAAUGAUUGACAGUGAAACUAUAGGCAUCUCAGAUUUGUGCUAACUGGUCCAAUAUAAUACUCUUCCUUGCUAAAUAACGGCAAUGAACAAGUGAAUUUCCCAACACAAUCUGUACAAACCAUGGUUAUGGAAUUGUAAUAUAUUCUACAACAGAUUUAUCUUUCAUACAGCCUAACUUGCACUAACAUGCCACAUGUGGUGUGAUUAGAUCAAUAAAUCUCUUUUUAGAAGGAAUUUAAAAAUGCACAUGCAUUUUUAAAAAUAGUGAAUCAAUGAUUUAUCUGUUCCUAAGCUAAUGUGGUAUAAUUCGUGUAACUUGUGCGUGGAUAAUACCCUAACCAUGUGCACAACUUGGAUGAACAAAUCUCCACUGCUGUCAAGAGUCUAAUUGGAUCCAACUCACUUAGUAAGGGUCAAGUCCUUACUAGACAAAUAGCAAGGCAGGAAUAGCACAAAGCACGUAUUGCCAGUUCUCAGAAUGGGCAGGUUUAACACAGCAUUCCCAAACAAGAUAAUAAUGUAGUGAGGACUUUUCUGGCGAGAGGAGGUGUAGCUAAAGAGGCAGGCUUAUGGUGUAGCAUUCUGCAAAGCAUUUAUUUAUUUUAUACAAACACUAUAAAGAUUUAAACAUGCAACAACACAGCAUAUUAAUGAGGCCCAUACCUAUCAAAUCUAUUAAAGAAGUAUUGGUUUUCAGAGUGUCCCCUUAAUUUUGAUGUUCCGCAUGUAAUUUUAAAGAAACGCUAAAAACACCUCAAGCACUCGCUGAAGUGCUUUAUGUGUGAAAAGUGGGUCAUCUUUUUUUUUUUUUUUUUUUACAAAAAGUGCAGAAUUCAAUAGAAUUUGGUACUUUUAUAAAUUAAUCUUCUAACACCCCCUAGCUGUCAACCAGACAUCCUGUCCUUUUAUUUUCAGGUUGUUUGCUUGGUGGAGCUAAACUCAAGACUCAGGCGAUUGCCUACCUUAUAAAGACUUGUUGUUGAGUUGCAUUGGGAAGUAUGUAGCUAAGGGAAGAAGAGGAGGAACUGCAAAGGCUUCAGACAAGAGAUCUGUAUAUUUUAUUAUCUGUUUACAUAUACCUGCAUUGAAGCAAUCCAUAUACCUGCAAUGAAGCAAUCCAUAAUUAAAUGCAUGCAGGGUAUAUUUGCUAAAUAUUUAUUAUUAAUUUUUUUUUUAUUUAAAAACCUUUUACAACUAAAACUGUUGCACUAUGUUUGCAGACUGAAUAGUCAAUAUAAUGUUUUAAAAUAAUGUGUACUUUGGACAAUUUUAUUUAAUUUAAUUUACACUAACAAUUGGUAAAGAUUCAUAACCUUUUAUUUUCUAUUUAAUUGAAGCACACCAUUCUAUAAAUCAGCUUGUUUAGGAGCACAUUGUAUUUUACUGAAUCACAUAAAAAAAUUAUUAUUUACAAUCUAUUGGCAGAAUAUGAUUUCAGAGCAAUACCCCGAAAAGACACUAGCAGAGCUUACGGAGAAGUUUGGAGCACCACAUCUGCCAACUGUGGAAGAGACAGACGAAUCGUUGUCUUCUGUAAGUAUCCUGGUAAAAAGAGUUCCAACCAUAUAAAAAAAAAAAAAAAAGACUUAAAAUACACUAAACAUCUAUUUAUUAUACCUGUACAUAUCAAGAACAGUGAUUCUACAGAUCCAUUAGUAAACUUUCCUUAUUUUGUUAAAUGCUUAACCUAUUUAAAUACUGACCAAAGGUUGAAGAAAAUAAAUUGUUUCCUCCAAUCUGUUUUGUUCAUAUCAUCAUGUAGACUACAGAUGCCUUAAUCAAUGGAGUAAUCAGUUGUAAUAAUAAAAAAUCACUGACUAUCUAUAAGUCUUUCGUUCUUCUUUUGGUUAUUAAUGUUUAAUCUAUCUGCUGAAAGGAAUUCAAAGCUCUUUUCUUUUGAAGAUCAUUAGGUGUGUAAUGGUUGGGCAUUUGUCUACUCUGCAUACUAAUUCAUGUAAGAUAUACAGCAGUAACUGUAAACAAUACAUUUCCUUCAUUCUACAUGUAUUAAGGGUGCUAAACUGAACAGCCUGGAGAUAUCGCCUGAAGUUGAAAACACAGGAGAGUCACUGGAGAAUCCACCUCUAAAGGAAACUGAUGAUCAGUUAAUACACAGUCAGGGCCAUGAAACAAAGGAAGUGGAAGGAUAUGCAACUUUUAGAAUGGAAGAAAAUCAGGGAGAGAUGGAACCUUCUCAAAAGGAUGGAGAUAUUUUGGGAAAUACAGUGCAGCCUACUAAUCCGGACAUCCAAACUGAAAAGGAAUCUGAAAAUCAAGACAACCCUCAAGAACAGUCAUAUUCUAACAUAGGAGAACAAACCAUGUAAACUUUUAGAACCUCAAUUGUGAAAAUUAAUCUGCUCAAUCAUGUCAUUUGUUGAACUGGUCUCAAAAUUGAUGUACAUGUUUGGGGACUUCAUUUAGAGUAAUAUCCAAUUUCUUAGUGGCUACUCAGGAUUUCAAAGGAUUUGCCCUUGAAUGUGUGACUGCAUCAAUUUAAUAAAGUUUCAAGUAUUCACA